UUUCGUAAUUAUUUAUACUUUCUAUUUUCAAAUUUAACAUCGAUAAUAUUUAAAGAGAGAAGAGAAAGUUUACAUUUGUUAGUAUAAGUUUUACUAUGAGAAAUUCUACCUAAUAGUAGUUUCAAUUUUCUUUGUAUUCAAAAAUCAAUAAUUAAACUUGUGUACUCUCCUGCACAGCUGAGCACUGAAAAGAGAAACUUCAUGAUGUUAAGAAAAUAUUUUAUUGGAUCACUGUCGAGUGAUGUGCACGAGUCUGUAAGAGAUGUUUGGGUGAGAUCUUUGUUGGAUCGUUACAGUGCACCUGACCGUCGAUGUCAUGGUUUGGAUGAUCUAAAUGAUUGUUUGCAACAAUUUGAAACUGCCAGAAGCUUAGUAAAAAAUCCAAAUGCAGUAAUUUUAGCUUUAAUAUUUCGAUAUUUUGAAUACAAUCCUAAGUUAUCUGACUGCAGUGAGGAUAAUAUAAAUCAUUUUCGAAAGUUCUCUGAAGAAUCAAAACUUAAUAUGGAUUCAGUUUUGUGUGACAAUGUUAUUUCAUUAUUAAAAGUUGGUGCGAUUAAUAGUACAGAAGAACAUAAAACUGAAGGAUGUUAUGGAAGUGAGGAUAAACAUUACUUUUUGGAUGUAGACAUGGCCAUCUUAGGUAUGGGACCGGCUGAUUAUGAAAAAUACACAAAUCAUGUUCGAGAAGAAUAUGCUUUCCUCGAUGAAGAAACUUAUAAAGAAUUACGUAUAAAGGUUCUUGAAAGUUUUCUACAAAUUCCUAACAUAUACGCGACAAAAUUCUUCAGAGAUAAAUAUGAAUCAGUGGCUAGGAAUAAUAUCCAAAGAGAAAUUAAUUUUUUAAAAUCAGUAUCCAUGUAAAUAUUUUAUUUGUCUCUUCACACAGAUUUCUAUACCAUAAUAUUUAACAUAUUAUAAAACAAUAUAUUUUAAACAUGUAUAAAUAUACUAGAUGAGCUACUCUAAAUCAAAGAAUAUAAAAUAAUAUAUAUUACAUAUAUUUUUUUUUUUUACUAUUGUUAUUAUUUAUAUAAAUAGUUGAAAUAGUUGAGCUGUAUUAAUUUAGAUAUUGGAAGCUAUUAAAAAAAAAAAAAAAAAACAGUAAUAAUAAUUUCUAAAGUUUGUCUACCAUAUUUGGUAUAAGAAUUUUAGAAACAUUUUCAUUAAAAUUGCUGUAAUAUUUAUGUUAUAAUUUGCAAUAAAAUUAAUUUGAUGACAUGAGCUGCUUAUCUGGUAAAGUAUAGAAGUCAGUGGUCUUUUAUUGAUUGUUUUUAUUUUCAAAUAUACUAUAUUUUCUUCAUAAAAUUGAAUGUGCCAGUCAGGGUGUAUAUUUAAAUUUAUUGUUUUCCCUGAGUAACAUUUAACUAGAAUUUUAAGUAAUUAUAUUAUUAUAUUAAUAAAAUAAUAAUUAGUGGUAUAGAUGUUGAUUUAUUAUAAAUAUUUUGUUUGUUGAAGAGUUUAUUAUUGUUAGUACCAAAAAUGUGUUUUAAAUUUCAAGUAUUUAGUAUAUUUUGGUAACUAGUGGACUUAUUAAACAAACAUUAAAUCAUAAUAUUGUUUUUGUUUUGUUUUUAUCUACUUUGUUAUGUUUUUAAUAUUUCUUACACAAUUUUGUUUUAACAUCUUAAUAUAUAGGUAUUGGCCUAAAAUGCUAUUUAGUAAUAUUUUCUAUUUUUUUUUUUUUUGAAAUAUAUGUAUUAAGUACUUAAAAUUGAGUAUUCACUUACUGGUCUGUUUAACCAUAGUUUUUAUGUUUAAUUAACUUAUUAUGUUAUUCUAUGUAAUAAAUUAUAAUGUAUUAUUUUUCUGUGUGACAAAAGUAACUAUCCUAAAUUUAUAGUAUACUACAAGAAUAUUUUUAAUCUUAAAAAUUUAACUUUCAUAAUCAUUGAUAAUUUUAAACUGAUUUAUAAAUAAAUAAAAAUUAUUUAACUUUUUUUUUUAAUUAUUAUUAUUCUAUAAUGUUAUUAUUCUAUGAGAUUAUAUUUUAUUCUGUUAAAAUAAUUUUAAUAAAAAUUUUGUCUGAUAUAUUUAAUUAUUAAAUGAAUAUUAUAAAUCAUGAGUAUGAGUGUGAGUAAAUUAUAUUAUGAUAUGUGUUAAAAUGUAUUAAUUUAAUUUAAGUACUUACCAAACUAAAUACAUAUGUAUUUUAAUUUAUAUAUUAAUAAAUAUUUAUAGGAUUAGAAUUAUUAGUGAGAAGUCUUAAAAAAAUCAGCAUUAGCAUUACAUUUUGAUUUUUGAAGCUAAAUAAAGUUUAACGUAUGAAAAA